CUACGACCGGUGCACAGGUCAGUUUGCUACCUACGCAGAUAGGAUGCAGGCAGGAGCACAGAUCUCUCAACGCUCACGCACGACACGGCCACCCGGUGCCAAAUGGAGUCCAUAAGGUCACACGCGGUUCCAGAUACCGCAAAACUAUCGUAUAUAUGGCUUCCCCCGACCACCCGAUGCAUCGCACGUGGCAUCCCGGCCACUUUCACCCGUCGCACGCGGCAGCCCGGCCGCCAUCCAUGUCGCAGAGCCUGUGGCUCAUCAUAUCGCAUCCCCUGUCGCACGCGGUGUCGCCCGUCCGUCGCACACGGCCAGAGGCCGCUUUUGCUCUGUGUCUCACGGCUCUGACCGUGCCGUCCGUAUUCGGACCCGAAUGUGUCUGCCCCGACCAGAUCUCGCUUGUUUCCCGACCCCCCGACAGCCCUUGAGGCUUCCCGACAUGAGAUCUGGUCCUCCCGACAUCACACUUGACCUCCCGUCAUCGCAUUUUGCCCAGAUCUGGCCAUCCUGACGUUUUCUAUGGCCCUUGCGGCCAGAUUUCGGCCACUGAUGGCCUUCCCGACACACAUCGCAUAUCCCCGAUGGCCAUUCUGGCCUUCUCAGCCGCCCGCUAACCCUCCCUUAAGGUCCGUCGCACCGUUCCCCCCUCAUCCCUGAUGGGUCCCGCUGGCUGGCUUCUCUUGGUUUCUGCGUGUAUUGCUCAUUGUAUAUGGCGAGGGAUGAGAGAUGCGUCCGACGGCCCGCGUAUACCUUCGCUUCUCUUCCUGCCUGGUCUGUCUGUGUGCCUCAGAUCUCGCUGUCUGCCCCGUUCGUCUGGCUCCCGUCUGCCCCGUUGAUUCGGGCUUUCUGACACGCGAAGGUACGCGCGCGGAACACUGGUGCAUCUGCCGUGAACACAAGGCUUCUGACGCCUCUCGAUGAGGCACUCUCCGACUCAUUUCUCUUUCUGCAUUCUGUCAUGCAUCCAGACGCGGUAGUGUGAUCCCUGCGGAUCUCUCAGUCGAGGAUUCAUUGUUGUCGUCUGUUAGCACGUAACCAAGGCGCACCACACCCGCAGCCGACGCGCGCCUUGCCCUGAAUCCCACCUGAUGCGUUUCCCUGCUAUCCUGGUCUUCCUUCCUUUCCUCCCAGGUUAGCGUGGCCGCGAUGGACACCCAGCCCCCGACAGACGGCUCUCGUUUUCACAAACCCCGACGCCGGCCGGCCUCCAGCCUCCAGCCUCCAGCGGCCGGAGCGCCUGACGAGAUGGCCGAUGAGGCGGCCACCUCAUCACGUACCUCAUCAGCCCUCCCAGCAACCAACGCCCUCACCCGAGCACAACGACUUCCGCGCGACCUUUCCCGUCUUCCAGCGCUCACAAGACAUUCCGACAGGCGACCGACUCCUUGAGCUGAGGGAGGACAAUCGACUGGAGACCAUGCAGCGGAUCCUCGACCUUAAGGACCCCCACCAGCAGCUGCGGCAGCCCCUCACGGAGCAAGUCGACUACAGCGAUCUCUGUGAGAUCUACAUGACCAUCCACCCCGUCCCCUGGCCAUCCCCUCUGCCAACACACGCCUGAUCGUCGACUGGAUGACCAGCGACGGCAGUGGGCGCCCACACGCCCG